AUGUAUGUUGGUCUGCCUGGUGCCAUUAUCAAUGGCCUGUUAAACGUGAAAUUAGUCCUACUAACCUUUCUUUUCUUUAUUUAUACCUUUGUUUUACUCUAUGUUAGCGGGAGUUAUGCUCUAGAAUGUGGCGCGAGGUAUCCUCGUUCAGGAAAAGUGUCUUACAAAUACUAUAACGAUGGUGAAUCAGAUUGUAAUGGACAUUCUUUUGAUGUUCGAAUGAAAGAACAGAAAAGAAUUUUGGCGUCAGUUCGACGGGAAUUGCUCGACUCUUCGAAAAAGUUAGAGGAAGUCAACAAAAUCAUUGACGAUUUAAAUAGGAAAAUUCCAGAGAAACAACAAGAGUUACAACUCCUUCAUGAAGCGAAAGAAAGUGCGGAGAGAGCCCUUCAAGAUUUGAAAGAUCGGCGAAAUGUUAGAGUCUCUCUUCCACAUUCACCUUUAUUCCAUUCACCAACGAGAGAAGAUACUCACAAUGAAAAGACAGAACUUAUCCGUUCAACGAAUGAAGAAGUCUUCGACUACAGCCGCUGUUCAAUCACUUCUUUUUUACCUUUGUUUCUCGAAAGUUAUGGAGAGCCUCAUUCAUUUUUUGAGGAACUGAAGCGUCAAGGAAACAUUGUUGAGGAUAGAAAGAAAGCUUGUCUUACAAUUAUUGUAGUGAACUCUGUUGUCGAACAAGAUUGGCUUCAGGAUAAUGGUUUGAAUACUGUUGUUCUGAACUUCGGAAAUGCCACAAAGCGUAUAAGUGAUGAAAUCCUUGUACAACCUUUGAAUAGGAGACGAUAUUUUGAUGAAUCAAUUUAUUUGAACAUUCCAAUUUUCGAUCCUCAAAGAUGGAAAGAGCUUCCAACUCUCCUGCCAUAUUCUAGAAAGUUUUUAUUUUCCUGGGUUCUUUUUGACGAAACUAUCUUUGAUAAGAAGUCUUUAGAUGAAGAUAUUGAUAAAAUCUUUGCAUCAGCUAGAAACUCUAGUGACGUUGUUAGUAUUACAAGAUGUAAAUUGAGGUCUGCAAACACCUUAUGCGAAAAGCCUGAACUCAAAAAGAAAAUAAGAUUGGAUUCUGUAUUCUGUUUUGUAAUGCCGGAUAAUGAUUUCCAUAAGAAUUUUUGGGAGUCAUUGGCUUCAGGUUGCAUUCCUAUUGUGUUUUCCAACACAUAUCCUUUGCCCUUUGACGCAUUUGUUGAUUGGCGUUUGGCUUCUUACCGUCUGGAUAUCACUCGCCUCCCUGAAGUUCAUUUCAUUCUACGUUCCUUCGAAAUGGCCGACGUUCUGGAAAUGAAACGGAUGGGCAGGAUCUUCUUCGAAAAGUAUUUGAUGGAUCAAAGAGUUGUUGUUAAAACAUUACUCACAUCCCUUGCUCACAAAAUUGGUGUCCCCUUGUAUCCUUUGCAUCAGUUUGAAGCAAUCCCGUUGUUUGAUCAAUCAUUCACCGCUCCCGUCCUAGUCCCUGUUAACCUUCAACCAUUUGAUGACGAAUAUCUCGGGCCACUUGAAGCACCACAUGAAUCAGCACGCUAUUUGCACAAUUUCACCAGUUUACAAUUGUACUCGAGUCGUAUUUGGAAUGAUUAUGCUGGAUCAGAUGUCGGUUCGGAAUAUUUGCCGUUUUCGGUUGAUCCACCCACCGAGUCUGAGUUUUACCCUGAUUCCAACUCAGGCUUCAGAGCCAUCGAACCGGGAUCUGGUGUUGAGUUUAGUAAGAAUUUGGGAGGUAAUAGGCCUCGAGAACAGUUUACAGUUGUUAUUUUAACCUACAAGCGGGAUACAGUUUUAGCAGCAGCCUUAGAAAGACUUCAUAGACUUCCUUACCUUCAAAAGGUUAUCGUCAUUUGGCACAAUCUUGAUCGAAGUCCUGCAGGUGCAUGGCCUCGUCUACAUGUUCCUGUCGAAUUUCUGAAAGUUGAUAAAAAUAGUCUGAACAAUAGAUUCAUCCCAUGGAAUAGAAUAGAAACUGAGUCGGUCCUCUCUCUUGAUGAUGACAUUGACUUAAAGCACUAUGAGAUUAUUUUUGCCUUCAGAGUUUGGAGGGAGAAUAGAGAUAGGAUCGUUGGAUUUCCAGCUCGAUUCCAUGCUCGCUUCGGAGACUCAAUGUUCUACAACAGUAAUCAUACAUGUCAACUCAGUUUGAUAUUGACAGGGGCUUCUUUCUUGCAUAAGUCAUAUCUUAAUUCCUAUACUUCGGGUAUGCCUGCAGAAAUCCGGGAUCACGUAGAUAAGGUCAUGAAUUGUGAAGACAUUGCAAUGAAUUUCCUUGUCAGUCAUUUAACUCGGAAGCCUCCCAUAAAAACGACAAGCAAAUGGACUUUAAGAUGUGCUCAAUGUACAGAAACUUUAUCAGAGGAUAAUGACCACUUUCAAAAGAGACAUGAAUGUAUACGAUUGUUCACCAAGAUUUAUGGAUAUAAUCCAUUAAAAUUCUCUCAGUAUCGAGCUGAUUCAGUUUUAUUCAAAACGAGGUUACCGGCAGAUAAACAAAAAUGCUUUAAAUACGUGUAA